AUGUCUGUCACGCUACACACCACGCAAGGCGACCUCAAAGUCGAACUGUUCUGCGAAGCAGUCCCGCGGACUGUCGAGAACUUCCUCGCCCUCUGCGCAUGCGGCGCAUACAAUAACACGCCCUUCCACCGGUUGAUACCCGGCUUCAUGAUCCAGGGCGGCGACAUCUCCCUCGGCCCAGCCGCGUCGCCCGCCCCCGACAGCACGAAACCCAUGCUUCCGUUCGACGACAUCCCCAAGGGCGGCACGUCGAUCAACCACCCCGCGGCCCUGAACCAGGAAAUCCACCUCCCCGCCCUCCGACACAACACCCGCGGCAUGCUCUCGAUGGCGGCGCGGCCGGUCAAGGACCCCACUGCACCCGGCUCGCAGGGCGCGACGGGGCCGACGAUUAACGGGAGUCAAUUCUUUAUUACGUUUGCGGCGGCGCCGCAUCUUGAUGGGAAUAGCACGGUGUUUGGGAAGGUGCUGAACCUGACCGCGCAGGAUGAGGGUGGGGAUGUUUUGACGAAGUUGGAGAAGGCGAAUGUCAAGGUCGAUAAGAAGGGGAGGGUUGUUCAGCCGAAAGAAGGCGAGGAGUCCGAAUAUGAGCCGCUGCGCAUCAAUUCGGUCACGAUACAUGCCAAUCCUCUUGCGAAGUGA